AUGUUACUCCGUGGGCUCUGUGUGGCACCUCUCAUGCUAUCAGGUGCAUAUACCGCACAGAUCACGACGACAACCCGGGAGAGCAUCAAUGGCAUCGGAGCAUCUGGCGCAUGGUGGGUGAACGACGUCGCGUUGUUCCCUGCUGAAGUUCGCCAGAACAUCUCGGAGUUACUUCUGAACCAAAAUUCGGGUGUUGGUAUGACCGACUACCGCUAUAACCUGGGGGACAGUGGUGUGGGUGUUGGCACUUGGGACAGGGCACCUGAGACGCCGUAUAUCAGUGAUGACGUCUACAACUGGUCGGCGGACGCGGCUGACACCUUCUUUCUCAAGGAGGCAGCUUGUCAUGGCAUACCCAUUAUCACUCUCUUCGUCAACAGCGCUCCCACCGCGAUGACCAAUAACAGCGAGAACUGCGGCGGCACCCUCAUUACCGAGCGGAUCCUCGCGUAUGUACAAUACCUGGCCGACGUCAUCAGCUACUGGAAGACUCAAGGCGUCGAUAUCGCGCAUGUAUCCUCCAUGAAGCAACCUGACAACAACUUCGACGAUGGCGACCCUACCACUCUCUGUGCUCAAGAAGGCAUGCAAUUUGUGCCCGAGCAGCGCGCGGAGCUGGUCAUGACUCUCGCAGCAAUCUUGAAAGCAGCGGUGAGAACCUCCACAUAG